CGCACCGCCACGGUGACACGCCGUGACGCGACUUUUGACCCCCUCGCGUUCCUCGAUCUCGAUCAGUCGCGGUUUACAACCCCUUAAAACGAACCCUUUCCUUCGGAUCGUAUAAUACAUCUUUCCGUAUCGACGGAAACGAUGAAAUUUUGAGAGUUACGAGUUCAUUUUCGACAAGGUGAAACUGGAGGAUAGAAAGAUCGGUUGGUGGAAUUUGUUGUGAACAGUGCGAAAGUUUCAGUUGAAGAUGAUGCUGGGGGGCUACGAGGCGCAGCCGGAUUACUAUCCGCAGUGGCAUCAACCCUGCAAUUAUGUCACGCAAUUGCCUUACGGUCCUCUGCACGUGCCCGACGCGGACAGCCAAUCGACGUACUGGGGCGCGGAUUCCGGGAUCUCCGGGGGUAGUUCUGGCGCAGGAAGUCCUACCGCCUCGACGCCACCCCUGAUCGAGGAGAUCGGCGUCCAAGAGACCAGCUACUCACCCCUACAGCAAUACGGCCACCCCUCGAUGAACCAGCACUAUCCGAAUCUGAUCUACUCGGGUCAGCCAGAGCUUUCUCAUCACCUGCAUCACCAUCACCACCAUCACCAUCAGCAACAGCAGCAGCAGCAGCAACAGCAGAGCCAUCACCAUCACCAACAGCAGCAGCAGCAACCGCAGCAGCAGCAUCAGCAACAGCAGCAGCAACCUCACAGAAGGGACAACGAUUUCACCGCGGUUUCGUCCAUGAGCCAGGUGGACAUUUCGCUCCCGGAACACCUUCGACAGGGAGUCAGGGAGGGUACCAUAGUUGUCAGACCCAAGAGAAGGAACACGGCGAAUAAAAAAGAACGGAGACGAACGCAGAGCAUAAAUAACGCGUUCGCGGACCUUCGAGACUGCAUACCGAACGUUCCAGCGGAUACGAAGCUGUCGAAAAUCAAGACCCUGAGGCUGGCUGCCUCCUACAUCGGCUACCUAAUGGCGGUCCUCGAGAGCGACGAGGGAGACGAACCGCAAACAUUUCGCGCCGAGAUCCUCUCCAAUGCUAGACGAAACAAAACGGCUCAGUCAAACCAGAACGAGUCGUGUUUACAUUCAGCUUCGAGUCUCGUGUCCGAGGAAUCGUCCAAGAGCAAAGGGCGAACCGGAUGGCCGCAACACAUGUGGGCCCUCGAAUUGAAACAGGAAUCGCAGGCCAGCCAGAUGCAAUAAAAUCACCGAUUCCUAUCUAUUUCUGACCAAACGAUGGCUGCUACUCGACCCAGAGAUAUCGAAACGAAUCGAACGCGAACCCUGGGGAUACGAGAACCAGGUCGAACAGUUCGAUACUCCCCGAAUCGUGAACCAUCGUGAGCGUCCAUUAUCUCGCGACGCCUCUUUGGCCGUCGUUCUUUAAAUUUAAUUUAUUCAUCGAUAGGAUUAAUUAGCGUAAACUGGCUGGUAAAGAUGCACAUUUAAGUUGGUUUCGAACCAAAUUACAGGUCUCGAGGAGACUUUGUUUCUACUCCGCUGUAAAAAGAGUAACCACCCACCGUUUGUAAAUACGCGUUUUGCGAGUGUAGAUAACUAAACGUUAGCCCUCUAUGCUGAUUUCUCGUUAUUUGCGCGCCUUCGAAACGGGAAAACGUGCUAUAGAAACAAAAAGAGCGGUGUUCCACCGUCAUGCUAUUUAGGCAGCUGUAAGUAAGAAUAUAUUUUUGAAAAACUGUUCGAACAGCAUUUGGCUUUUCCGAGUAUUGCUACGAAAGAAGAAGUUUCUCGAGUAUUGUUUAGAACUUAGGGUGCCGAUCGGUUUAAGAUACUUGUAAACUUUUGUAUAAAGUACGGCGAGCAGCGAUGUAUAAAGAGUCACUAGCAAUAAA